AUGCCGACUGUUUUCUAUGUGGAGAGCUCGUGUGUCAUUACGGUAAAUGUUUUCCCAUUCGAUACUCAGACAUGCAAUGUUCCCAUCAUGUCAUUUGUAUAUGGAGGAGAUGAUGUGGUGACAACGGGUGUGGUGGGGGACAAAGCGAUCAUGGUGUCACCGGGAAAUGGUGAAUGGGAAGUGACUAAUGUAACGACGUUGGACACCGGUUUCGAUACUAUGCAAGUGUUUUAUUUCGAAAUUCACCUCAAACGUGUUCCCAAUUUCUACAUCUACGUGAUCGCUUUACCGUGUUUCCUCUUGACAUUGCUUUCAAUCAUCGGAAUGUUUUGGUCGCCGAAUGUUCGAAAAGAACAACUCACAAAGUUGAGUAUCGGUUUGACGAGUAUGGUGUCAAUGACUGUUUUGUUGGACAUGCUAGCUACAGCUAUUCCGAAGACGGCUGUUUUUCCUUUGUUGGGGAUUUACGUUGUUGUCUGUGUCGGUAUCAUCUCAGCCGCUUGCGUUGUCAUCGUCGUUUUCGCCUUGAAAAACCCAAAGAAGAAAAGCGAUUUCGAAAUGAGAAAAGAUGAGGAAACGAGGGAAAUGAUGACGAAGAGG